CAACAACCUUACAGCGCUUGAGAGCCGUCCCAUCGAGAAAUCCAGGAGACAACUGUAGUCAAAAUGGUUUUCAUCCUCGGCGUGAACUUCCCGGAGCGAAAUCUCGUCCAGAAAUCGCUUCAGAGCUUCUUUGGUGUCGGACCACUAGUCUCAUCACGCAUAUUAUCCCGCUUCCACAUCCACCCAACAUGUCGAGUCGGCGAGCUGGCCAACAAACAGGUCCUUGAUCUCACGGCGGCACUCUCAGAUAUGAAAAUCGAAAACGAUCUUCGGAGAAAGAUUCUUGAUGAUAUCAAACGCCUAAAGGAGACGGGUACAUACCGUGGUCGGCGCCAUGCGUUGGGAUUGCCAGCUAGAGGCCAGAGGACAAGGACACAGACCAAAACCGCGAUUAAGCUCAACCGUAUGGAGCGACGACUUUGAAUAUGGCCUUCUGGGUGCUAGCCUUGGUCUGCUUGGAUCGCUCUGGUAGCAGGUUUAUUGUGUGAGGGCAUGGCAUGGCGUUGUAUUCAAAUGUAUUUUAUUCCAAUUUUGAUUCCCCUAGGAUUCCACUAAAUGUAC